GGCAGCGGUGGCAGGGGCUGCAGGAGCAAGUGACCAGGAGCAGGACUGGGGACAGAUCAUCACGCCCGGGAGUUGCGGGAGCGGGCGCGCUGCCUCGGAGUCCCGCGUGUGUACGGCUCCCCCGCCGUCUGCCCCUGUGUGUGAAUCCCUGAGGCGGGGUGACGCUGGGGUUGGAGUAGGAGGGCAGAGGUGCUGACCUUGCCCUGGGACCCUCCAGGCCUGAUCGCCCCUGCACGAACCAGACCCUUCGCCGCCCUCACGAUGACUACCUCUCCGAUCCUGCAGCAGCUGCUGCGGCUCUCACUGUGGGGGCUGCUGCUCCGGAGGGCGGAGACAGGCUCUGAGGGGCAGACGGCGGGGGAGCUGUACCAGCGCUGGGAACGGUACCGCAGGGAGUGCCAGGAGACCUUGGCAGCCGCGGAACCGCCUUCAGGCCUCGCCUGUAACGGGUCCUUCGAUAUGUACGUCUGCUGGGACUAUGCUGCACCCAACGCCACUGCCCGUGCGUCCUGCCCCUGGUACCUGCCCUGGCACCACCACGUGGCUGCAGGUUUUGUCCUCCGCCAGUGUGGCAGUGAUGGCCAAUGGGGACUUUGGAGAGACCAUACACAAUGUGAGAACCCAGAGAAGAAUGAGGCCUUUCUGGACCAAAGGCUCAUCUUGGAGCGGUUGCAGGUCAUGUACACUGUCGGCUACUCCUUGUCUCUCGCCACACUGCUGCUAGCCCUGCUCAUCUUGAGUUUGUUCAGGCGACUACAUUGCACUAGAAACUAUAUCCACAUCAACCUGUUCACGUCUUUCAUGCUGCGAGCCACGGCCAUUCUCAGCCGAGACCGUCUACUACCUCGACCUGGCCCCUACCUUGGGGACCAGGCCCCUGCGCUGUGGAACCAGGCCCUCGCUGCCUGCCGCACGGCCCAGAUCGUGACCCAGUACUGCGUGGGUGCCAACUACACGUGGCUGCUGGUGGAGGGCGUCUACCUGCAUAGUCUCCUGGUGCUCGUGGGAGGCUCCGAGGAGGGCCACUUCCGCUACUACCUGCUCCUCGGCUGGGGGGCCCCCGCGCUUUUCGUCAUUCCCUGGGUGAUCGUCAGGUACCUGUACGAGAACACGCAGUGCUGGGAGCGCAACGAAGUCAAGGCCAUUUGGUGGAUUAUACGGACCCCCAUCCUCAUAACCAUCUUGAUUAAUUUCCUCAUUUUUAUCCGCAUUCUUGGCAUUCUCCUGUCCAAGCUGAGGACACGGCAAAUGCGCUGCCGGGAUUACCGGCUGAGGCUGGCUCGCUCCACGCUGACGCUGGUGCCCCUGCUGGGUGUCCACGAGGUGGUGUUUGCUCCCGUGACAGAGGAACAGGCCCGGGGCACCCUGCGCUUCGCCAAGCUCGGCUUUGAGAUCUUCCUCAGCUCCUUCCAGGGCUUCCUGGUCAGCGUCCUCUACUGCUUCAUCAACAAGGAGGUGCAGUCGGAGAUCCGCCGUGGCUGGCACCACUGCCGCCUGCGCCGCAGCCUGGGCGAGGAGCAACGCCAGCUCCCGGAGCGCGCCUUCCGGGCCCUGUCCUCCGGCUCCGGCCCCGGCGAGGUCCCCACCAGCCGCGGCUUGUCCUCGGGGACCCUCCCAGGGCCUGGGAAUGAGGCCAGCCGGGAGUUGGAAAGUUACUGCUAGGGGGCGGGAUCCCCGUGUCUGUUCAGUUAGCAUGGAUUUAUUGAGUGCCAACUGCGUGCCAGGCCCAGUAUGGAGGACGCUGGGGAAAUGGUGAAGGAAACAGAAAAAAGGUUCCUGCCCUUCUGGAGAUGACAACUGAGUGGGGAAAACAGACCGUGAACACAAAACAUCAAGUUCCACACACGCUAUGGAAUGGUUAUGAAGGGAAGCGAGAAGGGGGCCUAGGGUGGUCUGGGAGGUGUCUCCAAGGAGGUGACACUUAAGCCAUCCCCGAAAGAGGUGAAAGAGAUCACUUUGGGGCGAGCUGGAGAACAGGAUUCUAGGCGGAUGCGAUAGCAUAGGCAAAGGCCCUUGGGCAGGAAGGUGCUCAGCCUUGGCUGGAGUAGAAUUAAAUCAGAGCCAACAGGUGGGGAGACAGAGAGAAGCAGGCAGGGGCACCCAAGUUGGUAUUUCAUUUCAGGUGCAUUGGAGAUUCUUAGGAGUGUCUCUUGGGGGUAAUAUUUUAUUUUUUUAAAAAAUGAGACAGGAUGUCACUGUUGUUACCCAGGUUGGUCUUGAACUCCUGGGCUCAAGCAAUCCUCCCACCACGGGUCUCCCAAAGUGCUGGGAUUACAGGCGUGAGCCACCGCGCCUUGCCUUUUUUUUUUUUUUUUUGAAACGGAGUCUCAACUCUGUCGCCCAGGCUGGAGUGCAGUGGUGCAAUUUCAGCUCACUGCAGCCUCUACCUCCCGAGUUCAAGCCUCCCGGGUAGCUGGGAUCACAGGCACAGCCACCACACCCGGCUAAUUUCUAUAUUUUCAGUAAAGAUGGGGUUUCCCCAUGUUGGCCAGGCUGGUCUCGAACUCCUGACCUCAAGUGAUCCACCCACCUCAGCCUCCCAAAGUGCUGGGAUUACAGGCAUGAGCCACCAUGCCUGGCCCAAAGGGGCUAAUGUUUUAAACAGAUCCUUCUUGUCUGCCCUGUAGGAGGACAGAUUAUCAGGGGCAGGGUGGAAGCUGGAGCCCAGAAAGGAGGGGACUGCAAGUGGGAAGUGACGGUGGCUGGAGCAGGAUGGAGGCCACUGAGGGGUAUGAAGCAGUCAGAUCUGAAGCUGUUUAAAAGGUGGAGGUGAGAGGAUUUCAUGAAGGAGCACAUGAGGACACAGCAGCAGAGAGGACUCCUUGGUUUUGGAUGGUGGAGAGACGAAAGAGAGAUUGGGUUCGGGCAGGGGGAGAACCAUGCGUGCUCUUUGGAAAGGUUAGGCUGGCAGUGUUUGUAGGACACGACAGGACACUGAGUGUAAGGGUCUGGAGCUCUCAGGAGAGGGGCGAGCUGGAGAUAGUAAUGUGAGAGGCACUGGGUCCCGAGGGGGUGAUUUGGUGUGGACCGAAGCACAGGUGAGGCAAGGCAGGCCUCGCAGCUGAAACUUUAUAUCCAGAGCAGCCAGGGCCACUGCUGGCUGUGGAGUGAGGACGCAUAUCCCCACUGUCCUUAAAUGGGUGGCCCCUGGGACCUGGGAGAAUGAGGGGGCAUGCUGACAGUCUCAUUGUGGCUGGACCACCUGUACAUACACCCACAAGACCCUCACCCCUAAAUCCUCCCCCUACACAUAUGCACACUUAGUUACUGUAUGGGUGUUGUCGAGCAUUUUCCCUGGGGUCUGUGGCUCCCUGGACCGAUGCGCCCCAAAGCUGAACUCAGCCUUUUCAAGCUUGCGGCCCUGCUGCCCAAUUCCCCUACGCCCUGCCUUGUGGGUUCUCGUGGGGUGGGGGCCUUAGGG